AUCUCCAAAGCCUGAAGCAUGGCCGAUGCGACCAUGAUGAUUUGUCGUUCAACGUUGGCGUUGUCACUCUCGGCUGUGAACUGCCGCCGCUCUUUGUGUGAAGUGUUCAGUUGUUCAUUUCCCAUUUGCUUCUGCGCAUGUUUGCACCACCAGUCAGCCAUCUCGCGUCAGCCAGUGUCUUCAUUGCCCCCCUCGAUGUCACAAUGUCAAUAUGCCUCGGCGGCUUUUUGGGGGAGCUGAGACCGUCCUCUGUCCGUCCACCGACGGCAUUGAGGGGUGAAAGGCGGCGGUCAGUUGGAUAUAUGUCGGACUCCGUACUCCGUAAGCAGUUGUGUACGUACACCACGUACACGUGUACCAGAUGGCGGAACAAGCGAGAGAAAUUGUGUGUGGUUUUGUUUCCCCAUUGAGCAUCUACCCCUGGUGAAGUGAUGGGUGUCUUGGAGUCGUUCCUGAAA